GGGUUGUACUGUGUUGGAUUGUGUAGAGCACGGUUUAUCGCCACCACAAAGAGGCACUCUGUGUUGAAUACAAUCUGCUUUGUACUGUAAUGUUGCACAUUUGUGAGGUAGCAGUUAGCCUAGCCACAUCACAGGGGGCUAUGCUACCAAUCAGCUAAAGCGAGGCUAGCCUGAGAAGCAACGCUAGCACACUACACACUGGUUGUAGUUUAAAUGUAUAAACAAACAUUACGACCACAUCGACAUGCAAUCGUAUCAUUGCACUGAUGUGGAUCCUGGCUUUGUUGAAACAAAUUAUGUCGGCAUUGAGGUGUUUCUCCUUGUGAGACUUCUUCUACCCAGUCUUGUUUUGUUCAGUCUGUGGGAUGUUGACUAACUAGGACACAACUAUUUACAUGGACCUCAAAUAUCAUUCUCGUUUAUAGGAUUACAUUUUCACGGAAUCACAUGUUACGUGUUAUUGGAUCAAAUUGGAUCCGAGCAUGGGUUUAAUCCUAAAUGACAUCGUUACAGACUAUGUCCAUUUCAUAGGUUUUCUGUUUUCUGUUAUCUCUGGAUAAAAAACCUGAAUAAGUCUAGCCCUCCAUGUGCGUCGUGUAAUCAUGUAGAUGACUUGUUUCAGUGUCGUGAUGCUUGGUAUGAAAUCGCCCAUCGUCUACCCCCUGAAAACUACAUUUUCAGGGCAGAGAUGUGAUUGUCCACCACGGGGAAAACAGCUGAUAUGCUUUUCUAGGAAGCCAUUUUACAUACCCUUCUGAAGGAAGCAAGGGGGGGUAUUUUAUUUUAAUUAAAGACAUAUUGUCACUAACGUAGCAAUAUCUAUUAAUGACACGCAUGGCAAGUUAAAUUGGGCAUGGCAGCAAAGUUGUUUGUGACAUGUAUGGGUUGGAUUGCUCAUUAUGGCCAUGAAAUGUUUCAUGACAAUUGUUAUUACAUAGGCCCCCGCGAUAAACGUAAACCUACUAAUGAGAAAUCAAUUAAGUCAUAAUUGUUAGUUUUAUUUUUUAUUCUAUAAAAGUCUCUGUAGAAUGUAGCCACUGUGAUGUCCUGUUCACUUCCUGUUUACCUCUUUCUGUUUCCAAUCAAACCAUUUCCUAUGUCCAAAAUACUGUCCUGGUUUUCUUACCACAUAUGCUGAUGCUUUCCAGAUAUGUUCAAAAGGGAUGGUAUGGUAAUAGUAAGAUGCCAUAUAAAUCAUUUUAAGGACUCACUUUAACACACACACACACACACACACACACACACACACACACACACACACACACACACACACACACACACACACACACACACACACACACACAGAGACACAGACACAGACACAGACACAGACAGAGAGAGAGUCCAUUUUGUAGAUUAUUUUUUUUGUGUAGUUCUUAUUGUUUUUUUAUUCCUUCUGGAAUUUUCAUCACUUCAUUACAGACCCCCAAGCAACGCUUGGAGCAUUUUAUAACAUAGCUAUCAAGUUACUGCUACUGUUUAGCUGGUUGUUUGAGAGCUUGCCCCAUCGAGAGGCAGUUUAAUUAGCUGGAAUCUAAUCGGAAAUCAGAGCCCUCCGUGCAGUUGCCCACGCCGCAUAAAAAUAUGGUACUCACUUUGCCCUCCCUGACCUCACUUCUCUGGCUCUUGGCUUUAAUUCCUCCAUAACCAUAGGUAAACUGUGAUCUGGGGUUAUAAACUCACUGGAGGCCUAGAUUUACAUUUUGAUACAAGAUCCUGAUCUGUUGGUUUGAACUAGCUAAUGCCAGGAUGGGGGUGUCACCCAAGACUAGAAUUAUAAACGUAUCUUAAAAUGAUCACAGUUAUUUUAAAUUGUAUGCUUCUUCUUGUUGUGACUAAUGAUUAAAAAAGUAAUUGCAAAUUGCUUGUUCCACUUAGAUACCCAGUUUUUGUGUUACUAAGUGUAAAAUAUAACGCCAUUGGCCCCUAUUUGGGUUCUGGGUUUAAGUCUCUUAAUUAAUCUUAAAUGUGUCAUUUUUUAAUGCCUAAAUAUUGUCUCAGGGAUCCGGCUUCUAUUGGCAUCAAUUUCCAGUCUCCCUUUCAUUGUACAAGAGAGCCUUGGGCAGGCUAAUCAGGGGGGCGUUUGAGUGCUGAUUGGGCGGCUUUGUCUAAACACAAGUUGAAGGGCUGGAACGGGCAGCUGGAUGGACCAAUGGCUGGCUCUUACCAUGAAACCAAUUGCAAACGGAAUUGAGGGAGCUUGAGCGUUUGAAGCCAGGCAUCGCGUCAGACUUGGCUUUCCAUUGGAUGCCUGUACUUGCUUCUAGCUAAUAUUGAUUAGCUUGCAGACAAGAUUAAACAAAUUUCCUAAUCUUAGUCACGUAUUCUUUCCAAAGAAAUUAUCUUAUUAGACGAAAUGAAAUAGGAAUUGAGGUUUUUUUCUUCUUUUAAUAAUGCUAUGUAUACAUUAACAUGCUCAGCUGACAUGUUUCAUUCCAGUUUACAACUUUAAAAUGUCUGUUUUAGUUGUUUAUGUUCAACAUUAUUAGAAGUCAAAUCUCUAGUUGCAUAAUGGUCAAAUACAGCAGUUUUGGCACACAAGACUUUGUUAUAUGCUUUGGACACACCGUGAGAAAAAUGCCACAAACCCUUUAGGUACAGGUAUUUGUUUUUAUUUAUUUAGUUGAAGCAAAUGCUGUAUUGGCAGGGCUAAGAUGUUGUAGCUUUAAUCAACAUUUAAAUGCACGUUUGCAAUAAGUUAAGAGACCUGCCAUAAUUGUAUUCAAACAGUUGGGUAUUCCUUGAACGAAUGUCAAAUGGUCAGCGAUGCCCCAGUAACAACUUUCCUGGUCCGUCAGUUUCAGAUCACUCACUAAUACAUUUUUAAUGCGAAUUGCGAACCAUCUAAUAAUUUCAGCAGGUCUGUCAAAUCAAAGGCUUUAUGUACCCCUCCUAGAAUAAAUUGUUGGACUGUGUUGAUCGGUAUCAACACAGUAUUCGGCUCUGAUUGGCAUCCCUUCACACUAGCCCCCCUUUAUGGAAUGACCCUACUCGGCAGGUUUACAUAAAAUGAUUCGGGGCUGGUAGCGUGUAGCCUGCCUGCCAGACCAGUAUAUCAAUGAUAUCACUGUUUGAGCUGAAAAAUAACUUCUAGUACCCUUUAUUGGAUUCAAGGGUGUCACAAAAUAUCUUUUGGUUAAUCCAAAUCCCGUGUUUUAGAUGCAUUUUUCUCAAAACAUGCCAAUCUCUAUCAUGUUUUCACCAUCUUUAAAGGCUGUGAAAUUUCAGCUUGUGCAGCACAAAUAGUAUUCUCUAGCCAAACGAUUGCUUUAAUAAUCCUAAAGUUCCCCAGUCACACACAACUAAACCGUUGUGUAAUCAAAGGUUUUAGUAAGGUUUUUUGACUGUUUUGACAUUCUCUAUUUUUUUUAACUGAAGGAAGAGAAUGUGGAUGCAUAAUAAUACAACCUGCUAUACCCUUUCUAGGAGCCCUCUGUUACUCUUAACAAGCUGAUCGAUAAACCGAUGGUUGCACUCACACACUGGAGGCCAACAUCUGGUAGAUGCAAUAGUCAGGAGGACCUUUCCCCUCUUGAGGAAUAGGAGAGCUCCAUGCGCUGUGUUUUGUGAGCAGGGGGCUUCUCGGUUUGUCCAGUGUACGUUAUUGCCUUUCUAUUUAGUGAAAAAGUGCUUCCAACCCACCAGACCCAUGGUCUUUAUCAGCCGUCAUUUGUUCAUGAGGAUUUCGUCAUAAUACGUGUCUUGUAGAGACACAACCAAUCCAUAAAAAGUAAAGAAGUGGAUGAACAAAGGCCGUGGCACAUGAACUGAACUUUAAUACAUAGAAUAUGAACUACGUAGUGCUUACGUAAGUGCAAAAUGUAAACAUUGUAAAACCAGAUAUUAUGCUACAUAAAAUGUGUUUAACACUAAAAGAUCUGAGUGACUAUCACAUAAAACUCCUUUGGCAGGGAGGCAACAUUCUCAAAAGUUUGUAGGGUUUAUUUCUGCUGUGCGAUUGGCGAUUGAGGUAAAUCCAUAUCUGAAAUUAUUUUUUUAGAUGUAUUAUAGUAAUAAAGAAUCUAAUCUAAUAAUAAUUAAAAUCUAAAACUGAGCUGAUGAUGAUUAAAGUAAUUGUAGCAUGUAUAAUAUUGUCUAGCCUCUUUUGUAGAAGUAUUGACCCAACGAUGGCUAUUAGAGACUAGUGCUGCUGCCUGACUGUCUCCUUGGCAGAUAUACAUCGCUAGAAAAACCUAUUUCAGUCUGCACAAAAAUGUCACGGCAAAGACUUUAUUUUGGACUACAUAUAUCCUGCUUUAAAACUUAGACCAAAUACAUAAUUAUAAAAUGUAUUCAUAAGAUGUUAGAAAAAAGUUAAGUAGAAAGAGAUGCGUUCGUAUUUUUGACAGUAUCUUAGGCUUUAUGCAGUUCUGUACUCUGAAUUAUCCCACUGACUAAUACACAGCCAAUAUCCUCACUUUGAGGUCUUUCUGCACGCCUCAGUCUCUAGGUCUGAUAUCACGAUGGGAACACAGAAUCCAAACUUGAGCAGUAUUUGGGAAAGUUACCUAGCCAUAGCAGUUCGUAGGCUUGCAGUGUUGGGCAAAACUAAGAUCUUGUAGCUACGGAAGCACUCGUUCAGGAUAAAAUGGAUGUCAAACGCUGGCCAACCGCCAAACUCGGAACACGUCGACACAGUGAAAAGAAAUCAGUUGAACUAAAAUCAUGGCUGAUUUACAGCUCGACAUAGGUCAACAAUUAACCGGUACAUUGAACGUUUUUAAUGGGUCUCCGCAUGAGUGAAACAACCUUCUUGCUCGUGAAAAUUCAUGUUUCCAAGGAACAUAGAAUAUUGGCUCAAAUGUAGGUGGAAUUUAUGAGAGGAAUUCAGCACUAGUCUCAAUCAGUGUUGUUUUUGGCAGGCAUUUUAGAUUUAGUUUUAGUCUUAGUCUUUUUGACGAAAUGCUUCUUAGUUUUAGUCCCAUUUUAGUCAUUUCUAUCUUUGAAAGUUUUAGUCUAGUUUUAGUCUGACGAAAACUCAAAAGGUUUUAGUCUAGUUUUAGUCCGACGAAAACUUGUCCACCAGCCUCUCUCUGUAGUGUAUGAGUGUGAGUGUGUGUGUGUGCCGUGUGCGUGCAGGCGCAGCUGCGCGCGAGCACACGAGCCAGUGUUGCGGGGGGGGGGGGGGGGGUGGAAGGGUCUCACGUGACGCGUUUUAUCCAAUCAGGUUGCUUGGAUGCUCCCAUUGAAACCCAUUCUAUUCUACGUGAACCACCUACAUGUAGCCGCUAGAAGCAGUUAAAAACGGAGCGGACUGGAGCGGACUAGAGCGGAGUCAAAUCCCCGCUCCGGCCUUUGAAUUUAAAACCGCUCUGCGCUCCAACCCGCUCCAACGUAUUUCUUCCGCUCCGCUCCACCACCCGCUCCACCACCCGCUCCGCUCACAUGCUCUCACUAACAAUUUAGUCUCGUCUAGUUCUCGUCUGACGAAAAUGUCUACAUUUUUCGUCACAUUUUAGUCUUUAUAUGGCUUUGGUGACGUUCGUCUUAGGGUGUGUUCGAAACCGCCUACUUGCUUACUGCUUACUACCUACUAAAUAUUUGGCUUACUUCUCGAAUCCUUAAAUAAUGAUUGAGUAAUCCAUUUGAGUAAUCGACGUUCAGAAGACCGUCCUUACUUAACCACCUCAGAUGACGUGAAUCAAAUGACGUGUCAAUAACCUACCGGCCGGGCGCCGUUAAUAAAUAUUAUAAAUAAAUAUAUAAACGUCACAUUUAACGUCACAGUACACCUUCAACCUAAGGAUUUGCGGUGAUAUGUUAAAACAAUUAUUAAACAAUUAUUAAAAGCACUGCUGCUGCGGCUCCCCGUUUAGCGCCAUUGCUUCCACUGUUCUUUUGAAUAGACGCAGUGCAUUCUGGGGCAGUUGAGUACGUCUAGUAAGCUAGCGAUGCUUACUCAAAAUCUUUCCGGAAGUAGAAGACAUUCGGAUACUACUCGCUUACCUAAACUCGCUUACUAAGUUCUCGCUUACUCAAUUUGACGUCAUAGUUAGUAGGAGUAGUAAGCAAGUACGCGGUUUCGAACAGACCCUAGUCUCAUUUUCGUCAUGGAAAAAAGGGGUCUGACGACGUCAUUUUCGUUUUCGUCUUGCCUGACGAAAACAACACUGGUCUCAAUGCUCUGUGUUGGCUUAAAGUGAGCCUAUACUCAACCUGUCAAAUGCAGGACCUCCGCAACCUUUCUUGGUAGAGAAAGAAAACGGCAGGAGUGCUGUUCACAAUUACUUUGGCUUUGAGGCUAAUUACCAAGGAAAUGUGUAUACUCUUAUGCAAAAAAAAAAGGUUUUGUGUUUCAUUACUAUGCACAUGCAGAGCAAUAGCGACCUUUUUCACGAAACUUGACCUGCGCAAACUAUACAUUAUAUGAAAGCUGAGCCUCCAUUGAUUCCAGCAGUCUAAACCAUAUCAUUCUGUGACUCACAAAUAUCCAUAGCCAUAAAGAACAAACUUCCCCUUUUUCUAUUUACAAUCAAAAAUGGUUGUCAAAAGUGUUUUUUUUUUUUUUACUUACUUUUGAUCCAGUGUCUGGGCCCAAUUUUGAAACAAACAUGGUGUUUAUAAUCAAUGACUAAGAACUUUUCUUAGGAAAUAGGUAAAUUGCCUUCAAUCAGAACACAUCUUCUUCAGCGCCAUCUGGUGACCAUAUGGUGUAUUUGCGAGUGUUUGGCUUGGUGUCAUUCAAUUAUAUUUGCCCUGAACUUUCAAUAGAGGGGUAAAUUAUCAACAUUUUACAACGGGUUCUCAAAUUAUCUACCUCUUUGUCUCAGUACUACAGGGCUACCAACUGAUAAUGACCAACGAAUUGUUAUUUUAUGUGGAAAUGUAAUCUUCCACUUAUGCUGUGUUCUAGAUUUAUUCAAUCUAACCAAGUAGUAUCUGCAUUGGAUAUUUCCCUUGCACAACAAUCUUUAUUUUGACUACAAGAUGACAUAUAUUAUAGCCCCUGCAGUUGUGGAGAUAGACUCUUUUUACUUUGGGUAUAUUAUUUUCUGAAAAAAUACUGAAUUUUUCCCUGUUAUCCAAAAUGGUAUUUGAAUAUCGAUAUUUUAUCUAUAUAUAUAUAUAUAUAUAUAUAUAUAUAUAUAGGUAUUGUAUCGAGGUUAGAAUCAGUAUCCUGCCCAGUAUCGUGACAACACUAGCCUAUGGUGCAUCUCUGCUCAAAGAAAUAUAUUUCAUUCAAAUCCAUGCCGACGAUGUAAAGAUCCAGUCUUUAAGCCUACAAUUAAAAUCUGAAGCCUCAGUUAGGUGUGGUGACUUGUUUAGACAACAGCAACCUUACAACAAUACUACAUUUCCACUAUGUGUCGUCAUGCAGCUAAUGAAAAUGCCUCCUGGCAUUAACCUGCCCUGGUACUGUUGUACUGUGCCUUUAAGAUUCGGCUGCUGCUUUACGCUGUGCUUGGGACAUAGUGGGGGAGGGAGGUUGUUGAUGGUAAGUCCGCCUCUGGUUGGCUGGGCUGUCAUGAGGGCAGUGACAUCACAAGGGGUCUGGCUCUGUGGUAUAAAAUAACAUCUCCUUAUAUGGCUUGAGUUGGAUUCUACCAUUUAUGAAGGGAGGUGGGGAUCCUUUUAUCCACUUGGGACUGUUAGCAUUUUUUAACAGUUUUAGUUGUCCCACAUGAAUUAGCCUAAGCCUUACCAGACAUUCUGUGUAUGGCCCCUCUUAUGCAUUGCAAUAAUUUACUUUGGACUUCACUGGAUUUGUAGUCCAACUUUGAAAAUUUGCAUUUGGCAACUAUAUGGAGGGAAACGAAACCGUAACAAAUCUUUGAGCUUUUCCCCUAACGGCAGACAAUACGAUCAGGUUGCUUUUAUCAUUCAAGAGGAUGAGUACCAACAACACUGCAACAAAAAAGUACACAGGCACAGACACACAGAGAGAGAGGGAGAGAGAGAGAGAGAGCUCUGACUCCGCUGGGCUUAAAACCAUUGUCCCGGUCUACGUGUGGUCCCCCCCCUGCCUUUCUCUGACAUGGUAUCUCCCGAGAACCAGCAGUCCCCUCCCCUCCCUUAGUCAGAUUUGUCUCUACUCUAAGGAAAUGCACUGUACCGUCGUACCAAGUAAAGAAACUACAGUUAGACUUUUAAAAGCCCUGGGGUUAAAACAUAAAGUCCACAUUGCUUCCGGGACAGGACAUUUGAGAAUCCGAGCUGACUGAGGUUAUGAGGGGAAUACUUCUGAAUCCCUGGGAGACUAUCUGAGCCCCCCCCCCCCUUCUUCCAAUGUUUCAGUGGUUGGGGCCAUGGCCUCUCAGGCAGGCAACAUGAACCGUGAGGACCGGAAUGUGCUCCGAAUGAAAGAAAGAGAAAGGCGCAAUCAAGAGAUCCAGCAAGGCGGAGGAGAGGCCUUCCCAGCCAAUUCCCCUCUCUUUCCUGAACCCUAUAAAGUUUCCUGCAAGGAAGAUAAACUGUCCAGCCGUAUUCAGAGCAUGCUGGGUAAUUACGACGAGAUGAAAGAACCCAUCGGUGGAGACACUAUGCCAAAGCUUGGCGGCAAACCUUCCAGCACUACCACUUCGUCCGAGGAGAAAUCCAGCCAGGCGCUGUUCGGCAGCGACCAGCGCAGCAGCGGCAAUAACAACGGCAGCGGCGGCAGCAACAGCAACAGCAGCAGCAGCAGCAGCAGCAACAACAGCCAGGGCAGCAAGUGGACCCCCGUGGGGCCCGCAGCCGGCUCGUCCUCGUCCCAGUCCCAGAAGCGCUCCGGCCUCCAGGGCAGCCACAGUAGCCAGCGGGGCGGCAGCCAGAGACACGGCGGCGAGAAGAAGUCCAGCAAGCACAGCAGCGGGGAACACUCCAAGUCCCACACGUCCAGCCCGGCCAAGGGCUCCCUGAGCUCCACGGCCGGCGGCAGCAGCAGCAGCAGCGGCGGAGGAGGCGGCGGGGGCCACUCGCGGACCUCCAUGUCCGACCAGCACCACGGCAAGGAGCAGCGCUACCGCAAGUCCCCCAGAGACAGAGAGGCCAACUGGGACUCGCCCUCGCGCGUCCACUCGUCCUUCCCAAGCGGCCCGCACUCGGGCCAGGCCUUCCCCCCGUCCCUCAUGUCCAAGCCGGGCUCCAUGCAGCAGAAGCCCACGGCAUACGUACGGCCCAUGGACGGCCAGGAGACGGCAGAGCCCAAGAGCUCACAGGGGGAGAGCUACAGCGGGCAGUCUCACAGCGGCACCAUGGGCGAGAUGAAGUCCAACGGCAAGGCGGCGCUCUCCAAGCUCAAGAUCCCCUCUCAGCCGGUUGAGGGCGCCGGGGACGCCAACUGCGUGGAUGAAAUUUUAAAGGAAAUGACUCAGUCGUGGCCACCGCCGCUCACAGCCAUCCACACUCCCUGCAAGACUGAGCCGUCCAAGUUUCCAUUCCCCACGAAGGACUCUCAGCACACUGGCUUCCCUGGGGGACACAAGCGGUGCAGAGAUGCGUCCAAGAGCUCCAGCAGUCACCAAGCCAAAGUGUGUGAGGACCAGCCCAAUAUGCUGGAGGAUGACUUGAAACUCAGCAGCAGUGAGGACAGCGAUGGGGAACAGGACUCUGCCAAAAACACUUCCAGGAACACGUCUAACAGCAACAACAGCAACAACAGCGAGGGAGCGGACCCCUCCAGGGACGACUCCAGCAGCCGCAGCGGCUCGGACAGCAGCUCGGGCUCGGACAGCGAGAGCGAGAGCAGCUCCACGGACAGCGAGGCCAACGAGCCCCCCCGGCCCGCCUCCCCCGAGCCCACGCAACACAUGGCCAACAAGUGGCAGCUGGACAACUGGUUCAAGAAGGCCAAGCAGUUCUCCCCGGCGUCCCCGGUGGACGGCGCCAACGGGCCCACCAAGUACAAGAAGGAGGGCCGGGACGCCAGCUCGGGCCGCAGCUACGGCGGCCAGGGCGGCUCCAAGGACCCCGGCGCGCCCAUGCCCGGCCGGGACCUGCGGCCGCAGCAGAAGGGGGCGGAGACGUCCCGCGGCCGGCAGAAGUCCCCGGCCCAGAGCGACGGGGGCGGGCCGCCGCCGCGGCGCACGGUGGGGAAGAAGCAGCCCAAGAAGUCGGAGAAGCCGCCGGUGGUGGAGGAGCCCAAAGGCGGGCUGAGGGUGGAGAGCGAGCCGGCGCCGGAGAUCCCGCCGCACCGGCCCAAGGCCGCCACCAAGGGCUCCCGGAAGCCCAGCAUCAAGAAGGAGCCCAAGUCCUCCCCCAGGCCCACGGCGGCGGCCAGCGCCGCCACCACCACCACCACCAGCAGCAGCACCACCACCACCACCCCCGCCUCGGCAACCGCCGCCGCCGCCGCCGUGGCCGGCCCCGCAGCCGGAGCCGCCGCCGCCGCCGCCACGGACAAACGCAAGGCCAAGGCGCCCACCAAGACGUCCCAGAAGUCCCGGGAGUUUGUGGAGACGGAGUCGUCGUCGUCGGACUCUGAGGAGAACGACAGCAUCCCGUCGUCGUCGCAGACGCCAAAGUACUCGGAGAGCAUCCGCACGCCCGUCCUCAUGUUCUCGCCGCUGGAGGAGAAGGGCCUGCUGUCGCCGCUCAGCGACCCUGAGGAGCACUACCUGGCGCGACCGCCCCCCCAGCAGGCGCUCUUGGUGAAGAUAGACCUGAGCCUGCUAACCAGGAUACCCGGGCUCCCGUACAAGGAACCGGCCGAGAUCAAGGUGGAGAGGGACGACUCGCUGGACCGCGACGGGAAGGAGUUCAGCAAGCAGAGCUCGGGGAAGAACUCCAGCAAGGGCAAGAGGAAACACAAGAACGAUGACGACGGUACAAAGCCUGACAUCAAGAGGUCCAAGCAAGAAGAGAAGUCUCAGUCACACCAUAAAAACAGCUGUAAAGAGUCGAAGAGGUCUGUGGAGAAGAAGGAGGAGCCCGUGCCCUCGCCCUCAAUCUCGGGCCCUCAGCGGACCCCCAAGGCGGAGCACCACAGCCGAAAGAGGACCAUGAGCCAGUCGUCCACCUCGCUGUCCAGCGGCGCCGGCAGUGGCAAGGAGGGCAGCCACGGCCCCAAGGGCACCUCCAAGCACCGCAAGGGAGAGGACAAGGGGCGAGGCGCGCGCGACGGCAAGACCCACCCCCCCCAUCCCUACCUCUCUCUCCAGGACAAACCGUCCAAGGGCUGUGACAACCUGCUGGCCGUGCAGCCGCUCUCCACCGACGGCUCCGAGUCCCAGAGGUCCAAGCUGCUGUUUGAGGACAGGGUCCAUUCGGCCGACUACUACCUGCAGGAAGCCAAGAAACUCAAACACAAUGCGGACGCGCUGCUGGACCGCUUUGAGAAGGCGGUCUACUACCUGGACGCGGUGGUGUCCUUCAUCGAGUGCGGCAAUGCCCUGGAGCGCAGCGUCCAGGAGGCCAAGUCCCCCUUCCCCAUGUACGCCGAGACGGUGGAACUCAUCAAGUACACCAUGAAACUCAAGAGCUACAUGGCCCCGGACGCCACGCCCGCAGACAAGAGGCUGGCAGUGCUGUGCCUGAGAUGCCAGUCCCUACUUUACCUGCGACUCUUCAAGCUGAGGAAAGAAAGCGCACUCAAAUACUCCAAAACCCUCACAGAGCAUCUGAAGAAUUCCCUGAGCAUCACUCAGGCUCCAUCUCCAGGAAUCGCAAACAGUAAGGCGGCCAGCAUGCCCUCCCCGGUGUCCCCCAAGCUGUCCCCGGGCUCGGCCGCCAGCUACUCCUCCAGCAGCGCCAGCGGCGGCAGCGGCAGCUCCUCCGUCACCAUCCCCCAGCGCAUCCACCAGAUGGCGGCCAGCUACGUGCAGGUCACCUCCAACUUCCUGUACGCCACCGAGGUGUGGGACCAGGCGGAGCAGCUGGCCAAGGAGCAGAAAGAGUUCUUCGUGGAGCUGGACAAGGUGAUGGGGCCGCUCAUCUUCAACACGAGCAGCAUGACUGAACUGGUGCGCUUCACGCGCCAGGGCCUGCACUGGCUGCGGCUGGACGCUAAGCUCAUCCCCUAGCAAGGACUCUCCAUCGAGCCUGCACACACACACACACACACACACACACACACACACACACACGCAUACAUACACCUGCACGCACAGCAUGCACUUAACGUGCCGCUGUACAAACGCUUUCAGAGACGCCUGUGGCCGUGCGCCUGACCCCCCCCCUCCGAUGACACACACACACACCCAAACAGACACACACUCAAACGUGCUCCCACCAACCCACAACACUGUGUCCAUCUUCUACACCAGCUUGCCCGAAACACUGAGCAUCAACUCUUGUCAGGAGCACCAAACUGGAAGAGGCAUUUUUUUAACUACAAGGAAAGGAAGGAAGGAAGGAACACAAACCCAAGCUGCCAUGCUGCGCACCUCCUCCACAGAGCUCUGUCCCCGCCGGCAGAGGCUCCUGUCCGCUGCUCCUGGUGAAUUAAUGAUGAAGACACUAACGUGGAGUUUGGUUUCCUUGGCUUCAAGCACAUUUUAGCUUAAUGGGUCUUUUUUUUCAUUUUUCUUUCCGACUUUUGUUUUUUGGUUUUGUUUUACCAAAGUACCUCCCUUGAACACCAAAGGUGCUUUAAAAAUGAAAUGUGUGUCUCGUUUUUAUCUUUUUCGGUGCCUUGUAUGUGGGUACACAGACAGACGAGUGAAUUUCCACGAUGGCUGAAAGCAUUUAACAGGUUAUUUUCCUCCUGCUCCUUUCACUGGUCUUUUUAGACAUGGCAGUUUGUUGUUGUUAUGAAUGAGUUUGAGCAUUGUUUUAAAAGGAAAUAGGAAAACACGACCGGGGAACAAUCAUGGGGAAUUAACACUUUUUAUGAUCAACAAAAUGGCCGAAAUGAAAUGGCAGUUGGAGGCGUGGUGACGGCUAAGAUGGUGUUGGGCUUACCCAACAAGAUAGGCCUGUGUGCAUCAUUCUGUUUUUAAUAUCCUGUGAUCUAGGCUUUUAAACGAUAGAGAGAGAUAUAUAUAUAUAGAUAUAUAUACAUAUAGAACACUUUAAGAUGUACUCCAACCAAUGGGGAUGCAGGACGAAGGGGGAGUGGCUAGUUUGUGCACUUGAAUGACAUCACGGAUGCUGACGCAUUAGGUCUCCCAAAUCCCACUGAUCAAAAUGUUUUGUGAUUUGUGCUGGGGGGGAUGUUGGGUGAGGGACACUUUCUAUUUGUAAUUUGAUUUAUUCACUGUUGUGCGACACAAUAUUUAUUUCCCCCUCCCCCAUCACUGAAGUUUUAACAAUGCGCCCAGCCCCCCACCGCCCAAAUCGGAACAAUUCCAUAGCUAUGAAUUCUUUCAUUAAUCGUAACUUUUCAAUUUUCUCCUUGUUCUUCUCCCCGUCUAAGCUGGGCAAGGGUUUCCUCUUUCUUUUUGGUAAUGGCACCCCAAGCUCAUCGCGCCUACAAUGCAGUGGUUUUUAACAGUCAUUAAGCAUAAACUAGUUCUGUAUAAAGCUAAAAUAGGGAAGGGCCUUUUAUGGAGAAGCUAGGCGGCGUGCUUUGUAAAGCAGCACAGGUGGUGGUGGUCGAGUGAAGCAGUGUUCAAGCAGAGAAAUUAAUGCUAGGGUUGUACAGUCUGGGCAAGAGGUGUCCCGGCAGAUACAGAUGUUAAUUAUCUACCAAGCUUUUUUUUCUUUCGUUUCUUUCACAUUUUCAAAUGCAUAGGCUUAAAACAGGGUUGAAUAAGGGGUUAAUUAAAUUCAUUAAGUAUUUGUAUAUGAAAUUCUCACUAUUUAAGUGUAUAAAAAGCUCCGGGUCACUUUGCCUUCUUUGCUUUGUCAUAUGUAUUGCAAAGAGCUGUAGGAACCAUCCCACAGCCUAUUGAUCUAUGUUCCUAUGGAGCCCCGACCCCAGCUACAUAUCUCUCCCACAUUGAGCUCAUCGUCACCAGAACCAGGUGGCAGCUGAUGUAGAUGUAGUUCUUUCAGAGCAGGAAGGUAACGUUGAGUUUGUUUAAACCUUCGAGAAUAUAUCAUUUUUUUCUUUUUUUCUUCCCCCCUUUUUUAUUUCCGUUUUUAUUUCUGGGUUCCAAGUAGCGUGGCUCAGUUUUUUUUUUUUUCCUGAUUCACUUCCUAUGAAAAACACAUGCUGGAAACAUUAGAGCCAGGUUUAGAUCCAAUGGAUUUUGCAAGUAGGGUUUGAUUUAUAUUUUGUACGGGGUAGGGGGGGGGGAGAUGGGUAACGUAUGCCAAGAGAAAAAAUGCCGGAAAAUGUAGCUUCUUAUGUAAAUUGUUACCAUUUUUUUCUUAAUUCCUCCGAGUUGUCUGGCGUUAUCAACGUUCAACACCACGAGGUAGAAUGACGCGCACGGGCGACCAUUACUUGCAAAGUCUUUUGGACCAGGCCUGGGUUCUCCUACCCCCCCCCCCCAUCGGCUCCCUGGCCUUUUGCAGUGGGAGAUGCUGUUAAUUCCUCCAGUACUCGUUGUAGUCUGAGGAAGUAUUAUUUGAAUCUAUGCAGGAUUUGUACAAGAAGAAAAAAAAGACCUUUCUAUUCUCCGUAUUUAAUUUUUAUGCUUGGGAUUCUUCCCCACUCUUUUUUCCUGUCUCAGAAAGCCUUUUGAACUCAAAUCUCCAAUGCCUUUAGCUUUUGCAGGUGUUUUGUGUACUGGUUUAAUAUAUAUGUGUAUAUAUAGGUCUGUUUUCUUUUUUAACGGGACACAUUGCGGUGGGCCGCUUUGUACUUUAAAACUGGAGGCCACUUUUCUGUAGGAGCUCCUCUGGGUUUUGCCAGCCCCUGUCGACACCGAUGUCUUCAUACACUGAUACACUUUGUAAGUAAAUGGUCGCCACCCAACAUUGCAUACACUAUGAAAUAGUUUAACGUACACCUUUCAGCGACAGCCUCGCUAACCCCUUUAAUUUAUUGAUCUGCUCUUUUGAUUAUUUUCCCUUUUUUUCGUUUAAAUCGUUUCUUUUCUUUUUUUUUAUAAAAUGUACAGGGGGUUGUUAAUGAGAUUUCUUUGUAAUUAAUAUUAAUUUUAACUUGAAGUUUUGCAGGGUAUGGCUUUUUUUUAUUUUAUUUUUUACAUCCAGUAGAAAGAGGUUAACACUUGCAUGUUUCUAUUUAAAAAAAAUGUACAAAUUGUAAAUACAGCAUUUCUUUAAGGGUGAAUUUCUACUACCGUUUGGCAUUUUUAUUGAAAUUUAAAGAUGUAAAUACAUUUGUGAAAUAUGCACAUUUUUUCCUCUUUCUGGGAGUAUUUUUCUUUACAUUUCUUCCUUUCUGGCUGUUGAGUGGGAACCGCCGUCUCUCAAUGUGUAUUUAAGAAGUCUCUCCGCUUGGAUCCGUCUGUCGAACAAUCAGUCGCCACUUAAUCCCACGUCUCUCCCAAGUCCAAACUCUAAUAUUUCUCACUCUCUGUAUUUGAUACCGGGACAUGUACAUCCAUAAAGUGUGUUCUGUUCAGUCUAAUGAGAUGUGUGAAUGUCUGGAGACAGCGGUGGUUUUAAGUAUGUCAAUCCAACAGUUUUCUUCCUGAGUGAGCCUGGUGUUUGUUUUUUUUACACUGCGUCCUUAUGGAAUAAUUGAUUUGAGGUCUUUUUGAAACGGAGCUAUUUCUCUAAAUUUAAGAGUUGUAGGAGAUUAUACAGUCUGUUGUAUUAUAAUCUUUUUUGCUAAAAGUGGUCUCAAGUGAGACUAGCAGCAUACACAAAGUACCAUGGUAUAAAUUGGAUUAGUUUUGAGAGGGAAAUGAAGAUAGUAUAUUUAAAGGAUGCAAUAUGAUCAAGCUAUGGUACUCAUUAAGUUUGGUUGCAAACUUGGAUUAUGUAAUUUAAAAACAUUCUUGUGAAGUAAGUAUUAAUUGUUACUAAUGGGAGUCUGUCCUAAAUAUUCUUUGUAUUUUGCCGUAUUGAGAAUAAAAUAUAUAUGGUUAUGUUUAAGACGUUUUGUCUUCAUUCUACUUUUCACGUUUAAUAAAAGACUAAAACUAUGGCACACCACAUUUUGAUCAGUGAGAGUAAGCCUACAUUGAGCCGAGUGAUGCGUUGGACUCAUUUGACUUGACCAUGAUCAAAUGAUUAGGAAUCUUUUGAUCAUGUAAAAGCAUGAUCAAGCCAAACUUCCUCCUACUAAACCUAACCCUACAUUCUAGACUGCACGAUAAGACCCAGUUUCAUUGGAGAUGUUUUUGAAAAGGACACUGAACAAAUUGGGAUCUCCUGGUCACCUUGAUAUGUGUGAUGCCUGAGUUGACCGUGUGAAAUCCAGGGUCACUUCACCAUUCUAACAGCGGGCGCUCUUGAGGUAAAGUACUAUCUGCUGAUGGUGACGUCUGUCGGAGGCCUCCUCCGGUGCCCCGGGAGAGAAGCGCCAUCAUGUGGUGAGGUGUGCGAUCCUCCACUAUUUAAUACUCACU